CAAUGUAGUAACUAAACUAGCAAUACAAAUUAUAAUUCGAGAUAACUUAGAGUAAGUUUAAUUUGAGUAGUGUGGAAAUAUUAUUAAAAAUGUUACGAAGACAAGCUCGUUUGAGAAGAGAGUAUUUGUACAGAAAGUCCGUGCAAGAUAAAUUAAAAAUCAUCCAAGAAAAGAAAGACAAAGUCAAGAGAAGUCUCGAAGAAAACGUUCCUAUUCAUCCAGAUCUUAGAAAAGAUGCUCUGUAUUUACAAAAAAAAGCAGAAUGGGAAGAUGGUGGUCCAACACUUGCAGUUGCCCAGGGAACUGAAAUGGGUGGAGCAUUGGGAUCAAAUGAAGAUGAUGAAUACAGAUGGGCUGGAGUUGAAAAUCCUAAGAUUGUCAUAACAACCUCUCGAGAUCCAAGUUCUAGAUUGAAAAUGUUUGUGAAAGAAUUGAGACUUAUUUUUCCAAAUUCUCAAAGGAUGAAUCGUGGUAACUAUGAUAUAAAACAGCUGAUUCAUGCGUGCAGAGCAAAUGAUGUUACAGAUUUUAUUAUGGUACAUGAACACAGAGGAGUACCAGACUCUCUUAUAAUUUGUCAUUUGCCAUAUGGACCUACAGUUCGUUUCACUAUGUCAGAUGUGAUCAUGCGUCAUGAUAUUCCAGAUAUUGGUCCCAUGUCAGAGCAGUAUCCACAUUUAAUAUUCCACAAUUUCAAAACAAAAUUAGGUCUAAGGGCAAUGAGCAUCUUAAAGUACCUAUUUCCAGUACCCAAAGAAGACAGUAAAAGAGUCAUUACUUUUGCCAAUCAUGACGAUUACAUUGUCUUUAGACACCACACAUAUAAGAAGAUCCAUGGAAAGGACAUUGAGAUGACAGAGAUUGGACCAAGAUUUCAGUUGAAAUUGUAUGAUAUCAAGUUGGGAACUUUGGAUUCAGAAGCAGCUGCUGACACUGAAUGGGCUUUGAGACCAUACAUGAACACCACACAUAAAAGGAGAUUUUUGUCUGAUGAGGAUGGAUGGCAACAAGAAGAUAUGGAAUAAUUUAAUUAAUUGUAAAUAUAUAGUUUUGUAACUAAAUUAAGAACUCACACUGUAUUAAAUGAAA